AUGGCUAAGAGUAUGCUGAUCUUGUGGACGAUCAGAUCUUUGAUUUUGCAAGUGGUUGAAGGAGGAAGAAGUGCGCAUGUACCGGCAAUGUUUAUAUUUGGGGAUUCCUUAGCAGAUGCAGGAACUAACAAUUACAUUCCAAACUGUACUGCUCGGGCCGAUUUUUCACCAUAUGGCGUCUCCUCCUUCCUCAGCCCAACUGGUCGCUUCACAAAUGGCCUCACUGUUUUCGAUUUCGUAGAAAGGGAUGCAUUUGUGAUUGCAGCUACUCAAUUGGAGCUCCCUCUCAUACCUCCGUAUCGCGAACUCCCUUUCAACCAGUCAAUUUAUUCCUAUGGGGCUAAUUUCGCAUCGAGGGGAAGUGGAUUAUUGGAUUCAACAGGCCUUCAGAAGGGAGUUGUUAAAUUGAGUGAUCAGAUAUCGAAAUUUGAAGAAUUCUCUAAGCGUAUACGGAAGAAGUCGUACCUGAGCAAUUCUUUAUAUUGCAUUUCCAGUGGAGGCAACGACAUUAAGGCCCACUUAGAGUCACUGUUAAAUGGCAGUAGUCUGACACAGUUAAAUAUCAGUAGCCUGACACACACAACAUCCUACUUACAGUUAAAUCCCACUAGCCUGAUAGAAACUCCAUUCGUCAAUUCGCUGGUUCGCGCACAUCGUCGAUACAUCCAAAGGCUUCAUCGUGCUGGUGCAAGAAAUUUUCUGAUACUCGACAUCUCCGCUGUAGGAUGUACUCCUAGUGCCAGACUUAAACGUCAUUUAUUAUUACCUUUUUUUGAUCCUGAAGACAAUGGAAUGUGUGAAGCGUUGGGAAAUACAGUAGCCCCGGUUUGUAGCGAUGCUCUGAAAAGUCUUCUGGAUCAGCUGAAUGAAAAACUUGAAGGAGUAAAUAUCAUCCUACUUAAUUCUUUUCAUUACUUGGAAAACAUGUAUUAUGACGGCAAAGCUUUUGGUUUUUCGGAAACAAAAUCGGCGUGCUGUGGAUCAGGAUUAUACGGAGCCAAUGUGAGCUGUGGACUGAGCACUCCGCCAGAUCUGUAUUGCGAUGAUCCAGACACACAUUUGUUUUGGGAUGCAAUGCAUCCCACACAAAAAGCUUACUCUAUAUUUGCAGAAGAAAUAUGGGGAGGAAAUUCUUCUGUUAUGUAUCCAUUUAACCUUUCAACACUAAUCUUUGGAUUGAAUAAACAGUGA